UUUCAGUCACUCACUCGGCAAAGGACAUCCAUCACUCGCCCCUUACUUCUCAUCACAAGUAGCUCAUACAUCAAACAAAGCUACCAGCAGUGGAGGUUGGGAGCCCAUCGUCCAUCAAUCUGAUAGACAAGCAAUGGCCAUCGCAGCUGUCGGUCAGAUCUGCUCCACCGGGUCAAUCACUGCGAAUCUAAACCAGUGUGUGAGAUUGGUUGCCAAGGCGGCCCUUGGCGGAGCUCAAGUUCUCUUCCUCCCAGAAGCAUCAGAUUACAUCGCUGUCAAUGCUCAGGCUUCCUUAGAUCUGGCCGUCCCACAAGCGUCUUCUCCGUUUGUCCAAGGUCUCCGGGCCGCUGCCAAGGCCCACUCCAUCGCCGUCCAUGUCGGCAUUCACGAUACCGUGUUGGGCCAGGAGGCCGACCAGCCAACCCGCAAGAUCCUGAACCGGGCGUUGUACAUCAACUCGGACGGCGUUGUCCAAGAUUCGGCUACAUACGACAAGCUGCACGUCUUUGACUACGGGGCCCUUCGGGAGAGCGCCACCGUCCAGCCAGGCACAAAGUUUACUGCUCCGGUUGACUCGCCCGUCGGCAGAAUAGGCAGCCUAAUCUGCUUUGACUUGCGGUUCCCCGAAACAGCGCUCGCGCUCGCCCAGCCCGGUCGCAACAGUCCCUGGGCCACCCGUCCGGCACAAAUCAUCACGUAUCCCAGUGCCUUCACGCUGCGUACGGGUGAGGCUCACUGGGAGACGCUGCUCCGGGCUCGCGCCAUCGAGACGCAAAGCUACGUAGUGGCAGCGGCCCAGGUUGGCCGCCACAACGAGAAGCGAGCCAGCUACGGCCGCAGCAUGGUUGUUGACCCAUGGGGCAAGGUGCUGCUCUGCCUAAAGGGCGUGGCGGACGCACAAGGCAACGCGGAAGACGGAGCCGUCGAGGAGGUUGGCUUCGUGGACAUUGACCUUGACGAACUAGAGAGAGUGCGCAGGGAGAUGCCGCUCCAGCGACGAACCGAUGUUUACCCCGAGCUUACCGUCGCAUAGUAAGCUGUGGGAUGAGAGGCAUCAGCGAAUCCGGCAGGCCAAGCAGCUAUUCCAGGAGGAGGUUGUAGUUGGCCUUGGCAACGUUGUAAAUGCGCAAGCAGCAAGUGAGAUGAUGAUCCUCGUCUGUGCGACACGGCACGCGUCGGGAUCCUGAGUCACAGCAUCUCGGCCUGAUGUACGGAGUAAUACCGAUGAGAUGUUGCUUGUACGCGAUCCCAGCCAGAACCAGAGAGGCUCAGCCGGGGGCGUGUGAGUAGCCAAGCCAGCACAACACGAGAUGCUGUUUGACGCCGAUGCUGGUGCUGAUGCAGCCACUGGUGCCGCUGCGCCUAACAUGAACACUAGCAGUAGCAGUAACACUAAUGGUAGUGGCUCGUUAAGCGGAAGGGGGAUUAGAAGCCGCCCGUGAACUUUGCAGCCGUUGGCGCAUACAUAAGCGAGGGCAUCUGAUACGUCCGAUCUGGAGUCUUGUCUCGCCUUU